AUGGUGAGACAAAACCGCCGCAGCAGUAACCUGAUAUCGGCCGGUUCGCUCCCCGUGGACGACGAAGACGAUGACGGCAAUGAAAAUCCGCUCUUUGGAGAAGACUCGGUGGGAGAAUUGGAUUUUCGAGCGGGUGGAAGUGGCAAUGGCAAUCCUUCUGCUGCCAGUGGUGGAGGAGGAGGCGGCGUCCGCAGUCGCUAUACGAGUGGCUUUACAUCUUCGGCCAUGCGCGGCAAGAAGAGUGGCGAAAUGACGGUCCAUGAUUACAUUCCCAAAUCGUACCAGUACAAUCCUGCCGCGGCCGAACCGAUUUUGUAUUACAUGCCCAAGACCAUGGCAUCCCUACAACAUCAAGCCAAACAAGUGGCUGCCGCGGCCAUUGCGGCACAAGAAAAAAUGAUUGCUGCCGGACAUGCCGUCCCCAAUACCACACCUCCCGUCAGUGCCGCCACAGCACCCACUGGCGCCACACUGCGAACCUUGCUCAUUGCAGCAGAAGAAGAUGUGCGAUUGCAUCGCGCUCGAGCCAAGGCAGCGCUAGAACAAGAUUUGAGACGAUUGCGGACGUAUCGAUUGGAAAAUGAUCCCGUAUGGAUGAAACGCAAGGAAAUUCUAGAAGAACGCAACACCAUUAUUGAUCAGUUGCAGACGGAUUCACAGCAAAUUUGGAACGAUUUAUUGCAAGCACAAGAUGACAAUAAGAAAAAGAAGGAAAUGGAUACUCUGUCACCGGCGGAACGACAACAAUUGCAAUUGGCACGAUGGCAAAAGGCAUUGGAACUGUUUGUCUAUUGUCCACUCCCCACGACUUACACGGAAAAGGCGGAAGAAGGAGCAAAAGCCAGAGCCAAGGCAUUGAAGGAAUCCAAAGAUGGCAAGAAAAAGAAAAAGGACAAGAAAAAAGACAAUGAGCCUCCACCGGUCGUACAUCCCUUGCCAGAUGUCAUGGAUCCUGCCAUUAUUCUCGAUUCUCUCCUCGAACAAGGAGCUGCAGGUGCCAAUACCACCACCACGGCAGCAGGCGGGGAAGAAGAUGACAUGAGUGCCAUGUUGCAAGAAGCCAGUAACAUGUGUCAGUCAUUGGUCGAAAUCACACACAAACAAUGCGCUUCGGCGGCACAGCAAGUACUCAGUCAAGAAGAAUCCUAUUCGAUUCGUCUCGAAGCGCACGAGUUGUUUUUGCGCACGGCAUUGACCAAAUGCGAGGAAAUUCAAGAUCAGUUUCAAGUCAAUGGUAGGGCGGCAUUGCAAAUUGGACAUCAACUCGAAUUUGCCGAAACCAAACGACGACAAUGCGAAGCUACUUCCAAACUCAUUCGCUUGUGGUGGAUGUUGGAAGCAUUAGCGGAAGAGGAAGCCCGUACCAACAAUACCAUCAAGGUGGAAGAAGAAGUACGAGGAGUCAUUCCGCCGACGUCAUGUCGCAUGAAUCCGCUUUUUGUACGACCCGAACAGUCUUUGGAAGCGGCGCGGGCAUUGAAACAAUUGCGAGCUGUAGUGCGGUCGCGAGGCAAUGCCACAUCCACAUCGGCAUCGACUGCUGCUGCGGCGGCGGCAACGGCCGCACCCGCUGUUGGGGGUGCCGGUGGAGGUGGAACCGAUCAGUCGCCCUCGCAACGAUUCGAUUGGACGGCAAAUCUCAUUACCAGAACGUCCGAUGCUUUGGAACAACGACUCUUGCAUUCCUUUUCGGAGAUUUAUGCACAAGGAGGAUCCUACGAUUUCUCAUUGAAACCACGUCCUGGAUCCAUCGAUUGGCGUGAAUUGCAAGCUCUGGCAGAAGCAUUGCUCAUGUUUGAUUCGGGACGCAAUCUUCACAAGCGAUACGUGGACAUGGUGAUUACCUCGCGAUUCCCAGAACUAUUUGAAAAGAAAGCCAAUGAAAAAAGAUCACCACGACACCGCAAGGAAGAAGAGGGAUUUGAUAUGGAUGCUACAAGAUCGAAUCUCUCGACUCUGUUCCAUCGCGUGUCCGAUGUCUGUUCGGCAGAAUUUGAACUCAUUGCGCACGUAUUCGGGUCCGAUCAAACCAGGGCCGAUCCUCUCGAAGGAAAUGAACCCAUGCCAUUGGUGGUGGCGAGGGCUCUCUUGCAGCGGGUCAUUAGUGAUCCCAUCAAUGGAUUGCAGGCGAGGAUUAACGACAUUCUGGCCAGUAUUGAUCAGAGAGGUGACUUUGACGCGGGGUCCAAGAAGCUUGACACUUUUGUUGUGAUUCACGAAAAAGCUUCUGGACUCUUUUCCUUGCUCAAGGAUUCGGCUCAAAAGAUGAUCCUCAAAGAGACCGCCAAGAAGUCGGUUGACUCUGAUCUCAAGAACAAGGGAUUGGACUCUACCAGUCGUCAGUCGCAAGCCAUUGCGCGCAAUGCAGUCGAGUCUCUCAAAGGAUUCCUGACCUCACAAGAAUUGUCACUCAGCAAUACCCAUCGACAGGGCUACAUCAAUCUGGAAUUGCGAUUGCUGCAUCAUCAAUGCUGUUCCAGUUUGGACAAGUCUGGAUGCACGCUCCUCAUCCCACCUGCUCCAAGGCGAAGGGACUCGACCCUGGCGGAAAAGGGAAUUCUGGAGGAAUACCGGGCUCCAGUGGUACCUUUGGACAAACAGCAACUCUUGAAGUCCGGAUUGAAUGCGCUCUUGUCGGGGCCAUUGAAGCAGUCCGUUCUGCUACAGCCUUUGGUUCAUGCCACAGAGUCCUUGGCGAGGGCGCGUUUGAUGUUUUCGUCGGGCAAAAAGAAGGGAGGCGAAACUACAGCGCGAGUUGUCUGCAGUAUCUACAGUCAAAUGUGUUCCUUUUAUGGAGAAGGAUUCCUAUAUCCCAUUAUGGAAGUUCUGAGGGAUACUCGCAAAACCAAUCCCCCGGCUCAGCCACCCCAAUUGCCAUUCAACCAAGACAUGCCUGCUCAUGACCUGGGAGUAGAGCAGCACUUUUGGGUGUGUUUGGAACGCCUACAUUCUGCGGCCAAAGCCUUUGAUCGAGAAAUGUGGGCGGAAGGACGAGCCGACACGGGACGUGUUUGGGAGAUUUUGGAGCGUUGUGAUGAUCAGGACUCCAUGUCCAAGGCCCGAGCUUGUCGGUUUGAAUUCUACUCCGAGCUGGAACGACGGGGUGAAGCCGCAAUCAUGAAAGCGUUGGAUUCCAUCAGUGCUCAUAUUCACUGGAUUUUGGUUUCUGGCGGCGAAGGCAUGCUGGCAACGGGAGCAAAUCGUCUAAUGGCCAAUAUCACCGGUUCGUCAGCAGGCCCGUAUGCUGUUCCACAAGGGGCCAAUAUGGACUCGUCACUGAGCCCCGCGGUCGAGUCUUUGGUUUACUGUUUGAGGGUCCAAUUUGUGCAUGUCCAGAGUGCGAUGACAUCUCAUUCAGUCGCUGGCUUCUGGACUGCCCUCUCGAUGCGCUUGUAUGAUAUCUUGGUAGCCCGUCUCCUGAAGCACUACCAAGUCUCCCAGCAGGGCGCUGCUAUUUUGCGAGGCGAUGUGGAUGCUUUGCGGGGGGCUUCCAUGCUUUCGUCGGGAAGCCCGCAUGAUCACUGGGAUAUGCUACAGGAGCUGAUCACAUUGUACAUGAUUCCUCCUGACUCUGUGAAGGGUAUGCUGGUGGGACCCGAAGGUGACAUGAGCUUGGGCAAAGGAUUGUUUGGCAGAGCUGGCCGAGAUCAAUGCCUCGUUUUCCUCAGUCGCCGCGUUGAUUACAAGUUCAAACAAGGAGCCUCCCUUAAGAGGAGUGGUUGGGCCGAAGGGCUGCUGAACGAUCUGGGCCUUAGUGACCCCACGGAUCAUGGAAUCAACAUUGGGUUGUUUGCGGCGGAACGAAAGCCCUAG